UGUGGCAGUAAGUGAUGACAUCAUCAUGAUCUCACAACCUGCUCUUCUAGUGCCUGCAGAUGUAUGUCAGUGUUGGUGUUCUUUGCAUGUGUGUGGGCUGGGCUGCCUGCUGUCACAGUGUUUUAUCUCCCCCCAUUGCCUGGGGAAUUCCAGCCUGGGAUCUGUCAGAGUGUGGAUCCAUCAUCCUCCACUCACUGCAACUGUCACCCUGCCACUGCCUGCCACAGAUACAGUCCGUCCGUGACACUGAUUUUGUCUUUAAUAUUGGUGCUGGUGGCAUCUUAUGGCAC